AUGGCAAGCUACGGUUCGCAAUAUGGCAGUGGCCACGGUCAGCCAUAUCACAUGAAUCAAGAUCCCAGAUAUACAGUUCCUCAAACCCAACAAUAUCCUCCGAGUUUCCAACCAUCGGUCAGCCCACAGCCAGGGUACCCUCAAUAUGGUGCAGAUCCGAACGCCCAGCACGUUUUGGCCAAUGCACAGCAGGUGCCCUACCCUGGACAGGCUGCAGGAUAUAUACCUCAACAGCAAGAUGCCACGAAUGGCCUAACGGCACAAAUGGGAGGACUAGACAUGGCGGCCGCGCCCACAAGGUCUCAUCGAAAGAAGGAGAGACAUGCCUAUCAUGACAUAGGCUCAGCACCGGCCACGGCACCCGUGAGCUCCGCAGCACCUGCAGGGUCGUUUGGAGUACCGCAAAUUUUAGGUGUAGGGUCACAAGGAGGGCCAGGGGCAGUACCGACGCAAUCAGCGGAGAAUGUGUUUGUCAACCCAACCGACAAAUUGCGCAUGGGCGAGGAGGCUGUGGCCACACAAGGCCGAGUCAACCCAGAGCAAAUUCCAAGCGUGGCAAGAUCAAGAGACGCUGCGACCCAAUACUAUCAGAUCAAUGUCUAUCCAACCAUGGAAAAGCAUCUUCCACCUCCAGCGGCUAUCCCCUUCGUGGCCCACGAUCAAGGAAAUUCGUCGCCUAAGUUUGCGCGGUUGACGGUCAACAACAUACCUGCCACAGCCGAAGCUCUUGCAUCGACUGGGCUGCCCCUAGGUCUCGUCUUGCAGCCAUUUGCGCCUCUUCAAGAAGGAGAACAGCCCAUCCCUGUCCUAGAUUUUGACGAGCUUGGCCCUCCUCGAUGUCGGAGAUGCAGGACAUACGUCAAUCCUUUCAUGACCUUCAGGUCUGGUGGCAAUAAGCUAGUGUGCAAUAUGUGCAGCUUCCCCAACGAUGUUGCGCCCGAAUACUUUGCCCCUACGGACGCUGCUGGUGUCAGAGUUGACCGGCUACAGCGGCCAGAGCUGAUGAUGGGUACUGUCGAGUUCUUAGUGCCAAAGGAGUACUAUACGAAGGAACCUCUUCCUAUGCGGUGGUUAUUCAUGAUUGACAUCACCCAAGAAGCUAUCAACAAAGGAUUUCUCGGCGCCGUCUGUCAGGGCAUUCUAGACGCACUCUAUGGACCCGAGAGUGAAAGGUCUUCAGAGGAAGAUGCAGCAUUUGCCGGACUGCCGGCAGGGACUAAGAUUGGCAUUGUCACGUACGACAAGGAAGUUCAAUUCUACAACCUUGCGCCUGGUCUAGACACUGCUCAGAUGAUGGUGGUGACAGAUCUCGAAGAUCCUUUCGUGCCUUUGGCGGAUGGAUUGUUUGUCGAUCCACAAGCAUCCAGGGAUGUGGUUACAGCCCUUCUCAAAGCUAUCCCUACUAUGUUUUCCACAAUCAAGCACCCUGAGCCGGCCUUGCUGCCCGCUCUCAAUGCCGCACUCGCUGCACUGACUGCCACGGGCGGCAAAAUUAUAUGCUCCUUAUCAACUUUACCCACUUGGGGACCCGGGAGGCUGUAUCUGAGAGACGACGGCAAGGGCCGGGACACAGAUGCUGAACGCCGUCUCUUUACUACCGAGCACCCCGGCUGGAAGAAGACCGCUGGAGCGAUGGUGACCGCAGGUAUCGGAGUGGAUUUUUUCCUCGCCGCCGCUGGGGGAGGGUAUAUGGACAUUGCGACAAUAGGACACAUGUCGCGAUUGACUGGUGGUGAGAUGUUCUUCUAUCCCAAUUUCAUUGCUCCCCGAGAUUCGCUCAAGCUGCGUCUUGAAAUCGAGCACACGUUACGACGAGAGACAGGUUAUCAGGCGUUGAUGAAGGUGCGGUGCUCGAAUGGUUUGCAGGUCGCUUCUUACUAUGGCUCAUUCCUCCAACAUACCUUUGGAGCAGAUCUUGAGAUCGGGACCGUCGAUGCCGACAAAGCCAUUGGUGUCACCUUCACUUACGAUGGUAAACUUGAUGCCAAGCUGGAUGCCCAUUUUCAGGCAGCUCUACUUUACACUUCUACAACCGGUCAGAGGAGGGUCAGGUGCAUUAAUGUGGUGGCCGCCGUCAAUGAAGGCGCCGCCGAUACCAUGCGGACGGUUGAUCAGGACGCGGUUGUCAACAUCAUUGCCAAAGAAGCUUCGUCCAAGAUCUCCGAAAAGUCUCUGAAGGAUAUUCGCGCUAGCAUCACGGAGAAGACGAUUGAUAUCCUGGCCGGAUACCGAAAGAACUUCUCUGGCUCACACCCGCCUGGGCAGCUCGUGCUUCCAGAGCACCUCAAAGAGCUUGCCAUCUAUAUGCUCGGUUUAAUCAAGACCCGGGCUUUCAAAGGAGGUGUUGAACCUACCGAUCGCAGGGUCUACUCUGCUCGAUUGAUGAGAUCUUCGGGAGUUACAGAGACCGCAUUAUAUCUUUAUCCACGCAUAUACGCUCUCCACAACCUGAGUCCACAAGAUUGUUUCGCCAAUGCCGAGACCAUGCAACUAGUGGUCCCGCCUACUCUCCGGGCGUCAUUCGCCAGGGUCGAGGAAGGCGGAGUGUAUCUGGUAGACGACGGACAGAUUGUGCUGAUCUGGCUCCACGCUCAAGUGUCGCCAAACCUGCUGGAGGAUCUCUUCGGGGAAGGUAAAACUAACCUACAAGAUCUCGAUCCUAUGACGAACGAGUUGCCGGUGUUGGAAACGCAUCUGAAUGCCCAAGUGCGGAACCUCCUGCAAUACAUGUCCACGGUCCGUGGGAGCAAGGCGACAAGCUUCACGCUGGCAAGGCAAGGUUUGGACGGUUCGGAAUUUGAAUAUGCUCGGAUGCUGGUGGAAGAUCGGAACAACGAGGCUCAAAGCUACGUUGACUGGCUUGUACAUGUGCACCGGGCGAUCCAGAUGGAGCUGAGUGGGCAGAGAAAGAAGGAAGACACAGGAGAUCAUGAAGGCAUUUUGAGUAACUUGACGGGACUGAAGGCGCCAUACUGGACAUGA